CCAGAAGGUGGGGCCGAGCUCUUCCAGGGCCCACCUCCUGCACCCAGGCUUCACCCCAUAAUGGUCAAGGCUCUGGCCACCUAGCAGCACUUCCCAGCUCCUCUUGCCUGGCAACCACACACAAACAUCCCCAAAACUCAAACAUGGACCAAGACCAGUACAAGGUUCCUGAAACUGGAGCCCCCCAGAGCAUGGUUCCCGUGACGACCACCGUGAUCAACAUCCGCAGUGACACGGUCGUGCCCGACCACAUCGUCUGGUCCCUGUUCAACACUGUCUUCAUGAACUGGUGUUGCCUGGGCAUCGUGGCCUUCGCCUACUCCGUGAAGGCCAGGGACCGGAAGAUGGUGGGCGACCUGACCGGGGCGCAGAGCUUCGCCUCCACCGCCAGGUGCCUCAACAUCUCGGCCUUGGUCGUGGGCAUCAUCCUGGGCAUCAUAUCCAUUGUCCUUCUGAGAAUAGCCUUUGGCGCGGCCUACUGGGCCCUGUUACAGGUCAUGCAGGAGAGGAGUCGCUACCACUAGGCGCCCCAGCAGGACGCCCCGGGCCCCUCCUCGCCCGCCGGCUGGGCCCCAACGCCCAGCCCUCUGCUCCGGGUGUACAGACCGGCCUGUGUGCAGCCGACUUCAAUAAAGUGCCAUGUGUGUGA